AGCUGCUCCUGUGCCUCCUCCUGUGCCUCCUCCUGUGCCUCCUCCUGUACCUCCUCCAGUACCUCCUCCAGUACCUCCUCCGGUAUCUCCUCCAGUGCCUGCGCCAGGCCCUGCUUGUGGGGACUCUGGUGCAUUCAGGAUCAACCUACGGACUGAUUUUUACAGCGAUGACACCAGCUGGACUUUUCAAGAACUUGGUGGAACUAUCAUUGACCAGGGCCCAGAUGAUGGCACAGAAUAUCCUCCUGAAACCCAACUCGUCUUUCCGUCAGCAGAAAGCUAUUAUUGCUUGACACCAGGACGCUGCUACCAGUUUGUAAUUCUUGAUUCAAAUGGUGAUGGUCUGGAAGAUGAUGGGAAUUAUAAUGGAAUCCUCGAUGGAAAAGAACUAUUUUCUGGUAAUUCAUUUGGAGACCGCAAAGUGCAUGAUUUCUGUGUCCCAAGUGCACCUGUACCCGCUCCUGUCGCUCCGCCUCCUGUGCCUACUCCCGAGACGUUUUCUCCAGUCGCUCCGCCUCCUGUGCCUACUCCCGAGACGUUUUCUCCANGUCGCUCCGCCUCCUGUGCCUACUCCCGAGACGUUUUCUCCAGUCGCUCCGCCUCCUGUGCCUACUCCCGAGACGUUUUCUCCAACGGAAGCAAGUACCUCGUCUUCGACCAGCUGCGAGGACGACAGCACGUUUCGGUUCAAGAACAAAAAGAAAAAGACGUGUGGCAGCAAAAAAUGGUUGCAAAAAUUCGCUGGCAACCUGAACAAAAAGAACACGCGGAAGCUCAAAAAACAGUGCAAGAAGAAGUCGGAUGGAAAACACGUCUUUGACUUUUGCCGCGCUACCUGCUCCCUGGUUGGCCUGGGCCCGUGCGCCUAGAGUACGUUUCGUUCGUUCCUAAUAGAAAAUUAUUACACCC